AUGUCACUUGAGCCUUCAACUACUGCCAGGGUUACACUACACACCACAAAAGGUCUGAUCAGGAUUGACGUAUUUGCCAAAGAACUACCGCUUACAUCAAGCACUUUCAUCAAAUUAUGUCAGCUUAACAAAUUUCAAAUGACAACGAUUCAUGUCAGUCCACAGUGCAUUUCAUUCUCAACCCCUCCACCCCCUCCUUCUGCUUCUGCUUUACAAUCGCUGACUCAGGGAGAAACACAGCAGCAUCUGCAUAUUCCCAAAGAAACAAACUCUCGAAUAAGAUGUAAACAUCGUGGUUAUGUGGCUUAUUCAAAUGGACAAUGGAUAAUCAGUCGUGGUGAAUUGAGUGCUAAUGCAUAUCAAGUAUUUGGAAAAAUUGAUCAAGAAUCAUCGUGGUAUAUUGUUAAUGAUAUAGCCCAGGGUGAAACUGAUGAGGAUGGCGAAUUGGCAUUUCCUGUUACAAUUGAAAGUUCAGUUGUUGAUGUACCGUAUUUCGAAUUGGAUGCGCAUAAACAAGAAGGAGAGCUAGAGGGCGAGGAAGAUAAAGGAGCAGAUAGAGAAGAGAGACCCAAAGUGAAAAAGCCAAGAAUUGCAAUUGACUACGAUGGUGAUGGGAGUGAUGAAGAAGAGGGGCCAAUUCAGAUUAAAAGUGCUUAUGAUACCGACAAGAAGAGGAAAAAGACGAAACAGAAUAAAGCGAAGGGUGACGACAACCUGGAAUUGAAAUCAUCUGAGACUGUGGAUUCUGAGUCAAAGACAGUUGCCACUACUGAAAGAGACAGACCAAAUGAGCAAGGUGAAUCUAAUGACAAUGACAAUGACAAUGACAAUAUCAAUACCAACGGAGACGGAGAAGGUGCAACCUUAGCAAAACUGGAAUCAAACUCAGAAGGCAAUUCAAACUCCGAUUCAGAUUCAAAUUCAGAUUCAGAUUCAGAAUCCGACUCUGACUCUAAACAACAUCCACUAAAACGAGAUCCUACAAUUGAUUCUCCAUUUGAUCCUAAACUCGAUUUAACCAAUGCAGAAUCCAUUACAUAUCAAAAACUAAAAUCUCAUAAAUUUAUCAUAAAUACAUAA